GUAAUGAUUUUGAUCAACAUCAAUGGGAUUCAGCAAAAAUAUAUGAAAAAUAUAAUAAAAGCAAAAAAAUAAAGGCAAAGAAUCUGCCUCAAGGUCUACACUACAAAAAAAAACAUAAAAACCAAACAUUAAAUGAAGAUUCUACAUCAACUCUAACUAUGGUUCCUAUAGCUCAAGAACAAGACAAUUUUAUUGAAUGGGAAAACAAGAAACUUGAAUUGCAACAAAAAAGCUUGGAAGUUCUUAGAGAAGAAAUUUCCUUAUGUGAAAAGCUUAAUAGUUUAAAAGAAUUAUAA